AUGAAUCUGUUCUGCGCACAAUUAUUUGAAUUUUACAACUAUCUGCCUUAUUUCUUUUCAUAUUCUUUAUAUAUAUAUAUCAUCUGCUGUAUUGCUUCAUGUUGCGGCAUAAUAGGUCUCUACAUGUUACGUGUCAUUGUUCGACGUCUUGCUUGGAGGCCGGCCGCCAUUCAACACCUACCCGAUUUGGGGUCUAAGGAUGCUCCCAAAAAAACAGAAGAUACCCAAAGACAAUACCGCCCUCUUUCCCUUAGAGCACGUCAGGCUCUGGCGGAAAAAUCAGAUGAAGUACAGUAUCAUGUGAUAACUCAAGAUUGGUUUGGUCAGCGUGUCGACACUUUUCUUACUCAGCACCAUCCUGAAUGGAGUUAUGAAACUAUGAAAACUUUGGUUCAGCAAGGUCAUAUCUACCGAUACAGGAAAAAUGGAAAGAAAAGAUUCACGCGAAUAACGGAUAGGCUUGAGUUUGAUGAACUACUUGUCGUUCCAACUCCGGUUUUUUACGAAAGGCAGCUUGCUCCUCCCACUGGUGUUCUCCAGGAGAGCAACAAGCCAACACAUUUUAAGUUGUCUUCGCAGGUAAGGGAAAUGGCACAUAAUAUGGUGCUUUUCAAAAAUGAACAUGUCAUUGUCAUAAACAAACCCCAUGGUGUCCCCAUGAUGCCAACGAGUGACCCACAGGAAAUGAAUAUAGCCGCUAUGCUUUCUGCUUGGAAGUACACAAAUUCAACGAAACCUAUUGUUUGCCAUAACCUUGAUAAGGAAACCAGUGGUUGUGUUGUUUUAGCAAGAAGCAAAAACGCACAUCGCAUGUUAGCCCGUAUGUUUGUGAAACGUGUGGUACCAAACAGUGUAUAUUGGGGAUUUUGCGUAGGUAAGCCCAGUGUGAACUUUGGAAGGAUACGCAUGCACUUUGAAAUGACGAGGGGAACCAAGGGUGAUAUCAUCGUUGCGCGUCCUUCUCCAACCAAAACUUCCAAAGUAGGUAUUGCAGAAUUUGUUGUUAAUGCAAGUGCAUUGGAGUUUGGAAGCUUCAUUUCCUUUUACCCACUAACAACACGUCGUCAUCAGGAACGCAUCAUGGCGGCUCAUGCAUUGCGUUCUCCUUUAUUGGGUGACGCUAAAUACGGAGGAGAGUCAGCGUUCCCAUCAUCAAUGUCCCUCUUUUGGGAUCCAGAGGAUAAAGGACUGCCGUUGCACUUGCAUCACCGAAAGAUUCAGCUGCCAUACAAGAAUAGUACGGGGGAAUUUGUCUGUGUUACAGCUCCUCUCCCAAUUCAUAUGGAAAAGACGUUUAAGAAACUUGGGUGGCCAUGCGAUGUAGAUGAUCCGCUUAUACCAGGCUGA